AUGGCCAAGCACAGGCUGGACCUAUUAGGGAAAAGGUUGACUAAGGAUCCAGACCUGAAACAGAUGUACAAACAGAGCAUUAAUGACUCCUUGCAGAAAGGGUAUGCUGAGGAAGUGAAAGAUAAAGAUGGUGUAGAUGGAGCCAUAUGGUACUUGCCACACCAUCCUGUGCUAAACCCUAAAAAACCAGGCAAGGUGCGCAUAGUCUAUGACUGUGCUGCUCGCUAUCAAGGAGCUUCUCUGAACGACCGCAUACAUCAAGGCCCAGACUUGACUAAUAAAUUACUGGGCGUACUUCUAAAGUUCAGACAAGAGCCUGUUGCACUGAACGCCGACAUUGAAGGCAUGUUCUACCAGAGCUGGAGAAGACAACAAGGGAGCAACGGGGAUGAUGCGGUCCAAACCGUGAAGAGGAACUUCUAUGUCGAAGACUGCUUGAAGUCCUUACCCACAGAGGACGCGGCUAUCGCACUCGCCUCAGAACUCCGUCAACUACUUGCCAACGGGGGCUUCAAGCUUACUAAGUGGUUGAGCAACUCUAAAAGGGUGAUGAAAUUUAUCCCAGCUGAUGAAUGGGCCAAGUCUGUGUGCGAGCUCAACCUUGAUCAAGACGACUUACCUUAUGAGCGCACCUUGGGUGUAUUGUGGAAUGCGGAGCAGGACUGUUUCACCUUUGAUGCUAGACCCAUCAGCAGACCAGCAACAAAAAGAGGUCUGCUGUCCGCAACCAGCUCCGUCUACGACCCCUUGGGGUUUGCAAGUCCUUUCGUACUAAAAGCAAAAUUGCUCUUCCAAGAGCUGUGUCGUCAGAAGUUGGACUGGGAUGCACAACUUCCAGAAGCCAUUGCAGAUCAGUGGAGGAGGUGGUUGACAGAUCUACCCCUCCUAUCUGCUCUGACUAUUCCCAGAUGCCUCAGAAUAACAACGCCUGGCAAUUCUUCAGAAGUCCAGCUGCAUCACUUCUCUGAUGCCUCAGAGGCUGCAUACGGUGCUAUAUCCUACCUCAGGGUGAACAACAGGUGCACACUCAUCAUGUCCAAGGCUAGGUUGGCCCCAUUAAACCCAACCACCAUACCGCGCCUGAAGUUGCUCGCUGCUGUCACUGCAACUGAUCUGGACCAGCAUAUCAAACUCCAUCUAGAAAUUCCUGUGGAUCAAACCUUCUUCUGGACUGAUAGCACUAAUGUGCUUCACUACAUUAACAAUCAAGAACGACGCUUUGCCACCUUUGUUGCCAACCGCAUAGCAAAGAUUCAGGAACUGAUGCAAAGGAGACUUGAAUAUAUGAGCACUUGUUAA